AUGUAUAAAUAUAAUAUCUGGAGAAUUCAGCCGCUUGGAGAGCCUUUACAUCAAUUCAUGAAUGCUUUCAUGGAUCACCGUGACUCAGAGCUUCUGAUUGUUAGCCACUUCUCACUGUUGCUUGGGUGUGCGCUUCCAAUUUGGAUGUCUUCCGGGUUCAAUGACCGAGCUUUAUCUCCGGAAUUCUCAGCCUCGGCAUUGGAGAUACAAUGGCAUCGAUGGUUGGUCAUAAAUAUGGAGUGUUAA